CUUGUUUAUUACGAUGCUAUUUGGCUGAGAAAUCUGCUUAUAUCAGUGUAAUUAAAUACAUAUUACACUGUUGCAUUUCCAAGAAACAGAUACCUGGGAAAGCGGAUAACCUCAGUACAGAUGGGCCAGUUGGUCAGCUCUGGGAUGGUGGAGGUAUGUCUUGGAAUAAGUAUGUUGCUAGUGAAAAUGUCACAGAGUCUGAAGCCACACCCCUCAAGACGACUCUCGGUGCAGAUGACAAACAAGUUGUUGGAGCUCAGUCAGAAGCUGACUCUCAAGGGUACCAGACGGUGACUGUGUGUGUGCCAGCGGAGUUGCCACCUGUGGUGCCCGUGAUGGGUGAGUCAUUCUGUCAGUGUCCAGCUCAAACAGAGCUCAGUUCAGAUGCCCAGAUCAGCCCGUACACCCUCAAUUGCACCUGCGGAGAGGAAGAACAGGGAUGUGAUUGGGUGUGGGAUGAAGAGAGUAAAUCGUCCACCGUGUCUCUGAGCUGCUCUAACCGGAAGGUGAGCUUUCAUUCUGAGUACAGCUGUGGAACAGCUGCCAUCAGGGGCUCCAAAGCGCUCAGUGACGGACAGCACUUCUGGGAGAUCAAGAUGACAUCACCGGUUUAUGGCACUGAUAUGAUGGUUGGUGUCGGUACAUCAGAAGUGAAUCUGGAUCAGUUCAGACACAGUUUCUGCAGUCUGUUGGGCAUUGAUGAAGACAGCUGGGGUCUUUCCUACACAGGUCACCUUCACCAUAAGGGGUCAAAGGUGAAUUUCUCAUCACGGUUCGGUCAAGGCUCCAUAAUUGGGGUUCAUCUGGACAGCUGGCACGGAACUCUCAGCUUCUACAAGAACCGUAAAUGCAUCGGCAUUGCAGCCACUCACUUGCAAAAUAAGCGUCUUUAUCCGAUGGUGUGUUCGACUGCGGCCAAGAGCAGCAUGAAACUGAUCCGUUCUCACUCCACGCCCACCAACUUACAGUUCCUGUGCUGCACCCAGCUGCGCAAAAUGCUGCCCGACUGCGCAGACGCUCUGCGUGUACUGCCGCUGCCCCCAGGUCUGCGUCUGCUGCUGUCCAACCAGCUCGGAUGGGUGCUGACCCUCGGAUGCGCAGACAACAGUGAAGACAAAGCUACAGAGACAGAUGAAGACGGCCUCGCAGAUGAAUGCACAAGCCCAGUUCCUUCCCACAACCCCUCUGACAGUGAACGUGUCUUUAUUUCUAGUUCCGUGUCCGAUAACCCUGGUUCUUACCGUAGUAAAGAUGAAGCAACAGUACAUGCUGAUUCUCCUUCCUGUCCAGAUGAUGCAUCUUAUCAGGAUACAGCCUCUAUAAUGGAUGUUACCUGUUUCCUUGAACCCUCCCUACCUUCUGACCACGCCCUCUGUUGUGGCCCCGCCCCCAUCCACAGCCCUGACUUUCAUCAUCAGGCGUCCUGUCCUUGUUGUGACACCCCUUUAUCCUUCGACAAUUUAAACGAUCCCACUUUCUCAUUAUCCCCCGAGUCAUGCAUUCUUUGCCCCGCCUUCACUCUGCAAGGCCACACCCCCCUUUGGGUUGACCCCGCCUCUGAUAGUGACUCAGACGACUGCUCCUCAGAUUUAGAGACCUAUCAAAGAAAAUGCUGCCGUUGGACAUGA